AUGGAUGUCAAAGGCUUACUUGAAAAUCUCAAGGCAGAUCUCACUUGCUCCAUCUGCCUGAGCUACUUCACUGACCCAGUGAUUCUCAAAUGUGGCCACAGCUUUUGCAUAAGGUGUCUUCUCCAAUGCAAGGAGGGAGAUGAUGGCAUGUUGACCUGCCCAGAGUGCAGAAAAGUCAUUGAAGUCAGUGAUCUGGUGCCCAAUGAGAACUUGCAGCAUCUUUGUAUCACUGCCAAAAUGAUCAGACCUCACUUACUUCAGAGCAUGGUGGGCCUGACCAUCUGUGGUCAACAUGGGGAAAAAGAGAAGCUCUUCUGCGAGGAAGACAAGAGACCCCUCUGUGAGUCUUGUUCAUUAGCACCAGAGCACAAGGAUCAUGAAGUUCUUCCCUUGGACAGGGCUACCGACAAGUACAAGGAGAAGCUCCAGGAUUCGUGGAAUAUCUUACAGAAAAAAGAGGAAGAAUUUAAAAUUUCACUGGACAAUAUAAGAAAGAGAGAAGCACAGUGUAAGGAGGAUACUUUUGCUCUUAAAAAGUCAAUUACAUCUGAAUAUGAGAAAAUGCACCAGUUCUUAUUGGAUGAAGAAUGUCUACAUCUGGGAAGACUAGACCAGGAAUCCAGAGACAAGCUCAGAAAACUUGAAGAGAAAAAGACCAAACUGUCACAACAAAUCCAGGAUACGAAACAAAGGAUGUUAAAAAUAGAGGAGAAUUUGAACAGAGAUCCCUUGGAAAUGCUCCAGGAUAUGAAAGACACUUUGUCCAGGAAUGAGGAGCUACUGCUUCAAGAACCAGAGGUUGCUUUCCCUGCCUGGAGUACCUGCCCCAUCACUGGCUUGAGAAAAAUGCUCAGGAACUACCAGAGAGAUAUAACUCUGGAUCCUGAAACUGCCAAUCCUCACCUCGUCUUGUCUGAAGAUUUGAGGACUUUCAACUAUACAAGUGUCCCCCAGGACCUGCCUGACAAUGAAGAAAGAUUUGACUGUGCUCUUGUUGUACUUGGGGCCCAGACCUUUACCUCAGGCAAACACUAUUGGGAAAUGGAGGUGGGAGAUAAGGAAGAGUGGUCAGUGGGCAUUUGUGAAGAUUCAGUCAGCAGAAAGGGGACACACUCCUUGUCAUCCAAGGAUGUAAGGACACUAGUUGCCUUCAAAUAUGGAAAUAAUUUCUUUCUCUGGAAUUCACAAGGUGGUUUGCAUGAGAGCAAGCCUAUUGACAAAGUGGGUAUUUUUCUUGAUUAUGAAAAGGGACAUAUAGGAUUUUACAAUGUCACAGAGAAAUGCCUUAUCUACAGUCCCCCAAAUAUAGCCUUUAAAGGACCUCUUCGGCCUUACUUUUCUUCUUGCUAUCCUAAUAAUGAAAAUAUUCCUACAUCACUCAUUAUUUGCCCCCUGAGUAAUAAGUAG